UCUCAUCAACAAGUUUCGUAUCUGUACUGCUGAAGCUUGUUUUUCACCGAGGCUUAUUUAGAUGCUUCCUUGUUCAUUGAAAACAUUAUUAGUUAAAGUUACUUUUUGAAACAUUACAGCGAAUUGACAGAAACUGAAACAAUAAAUAACUAAUCAAGGUCUGGAUCACAAAACAUUACAAAAUAAAUGUUGUCUUAGGGUGCUCACAACAUGAAAAACCGGAAAUGUUUCGAUAAUAAUAAGACGUCACUGACUUCAUUUUUCAGCAGUGGAGAAAGACAGCGCUACAGAAGCAGCCGCAGCAGUGAAUUGAGAAUUCCGUGACACCCAGCCUUCACUAUGGAUUCUAGCCAAGAACAUUCCUUACAAUCCAAACUCCUUCAGCUGGAGUGCCAUUUCACAUGGGAUUUGGAAGAGGGAGACACUGACCGUGCUGGUCUUGAAGACAGACUACAAGAAGAAAUACAGUUUCCUCUGAGGAAAUAUAAGGGCAGCGCAUACAAUCACCUAGCGUAUGUGAAGCAACUGCAAGGUGUUAAUGAAGAAGCCCUAAAAUAUCUAGAACAAGCUGAAGAAAUUACACGGAAGGACCAUGAAGAUGAAUUUGAGAAGCUGGUCAUUGUCACUUAUGGAAACUUUGCUUGGGUGUACUAUCACAUGGGUGAGCUCACCAAAGCCCAGAGCUACCUGGAGAAGCUGGAAGACAUUUGCAAGAGGCUGCCCAAAGAUCUUCCUCCUGCUGUGUAUGGGGAAAAGGGAUGGACCUUUUUGAGAGUCUGGGAUAAGAACUGUGACAAAUCAAAAGAAUGUUUUGAAAAAGCUCUAGAAUUAGAACCUGAUGAGAAGGAAUGGAACUACGGUUAUGCGAAUGUGCUAUAUUGUCAAAGAAGAGCAGGUACAGCUGAGGACUCGGAUGCAUUAAAACAGUUGAGGCGAGCACAAAAGCUUGAUCCAGAAAACACAGUUAUCAUGGUACUUCUGGGAUUAAAACUUCAGCAAUACAAACAAGAGGAGGAAGCAGUGAAGUUAGUGGAGCAGGCUCUGAAGAACUCACCAGAUAACCCUCAGGUAAUUGGCUAUGCUGCAAAGUAUUUCAGAAAGACUGAGUCUUUUGAUAAAGCCUUGGAACUGUUAACAAAGGGACUGGAGCAAUCGCCACGUUCAGGACUACUGCACCAUCAAAUAGCCCAGUGCUACAAAUACAAAUUGUUCAAAUUGCAAGGAAAAACAGAUUGUCAGACCAAAAUACAGAAGAAAGAACUCGCUGAGCUGUGCAUUCCUCACUUGGAAAUAGUAGCCAAGCAGAAGCCAACGUAUAUUUACCCUCAAAUGGAUCUGGCUGUAAUGUAUGCUGAAUCCGAUCACUUCCAAAAAGGAGAUGAUUUAUUUCAGAAUCUGUUUAGAAUUCCAGAUAUCCAGCCAGAAGAGUUACAGGCACUACAUCGCUACUAUGGAAAUUUCAUAUUUAAUUUCAAAAACUCAAAGUUAGAAGCUAUUAAACACUACAAAGAAGGUUUCAAAAUACGGAAUCCGUCUGUAGAACGCGAGAAGUGUUAUUCUAAAUUGAAUACUCUUGCAGAAAAGCGUAUUAAGAAUAAUCCGCAUGAUAUAGAAGCCUUAGGCAUGCUGGUGUUUAUUCAUAAAGAAAAAAUGAUGGAGUUCUAUGAGAAGGCACUACAACUUGACCCUGGCAAUAAGGAGUAUCAGAAUGUUCUCUCUGACAUGCACCAUUCAUCAGAGUAAAGAUACAAAGAUGGAUGUUACUAUGUUACCAUCUGCAUUUGUUUGUUUAUUCUACAUCCUUUAAUUGGUUUUAAAUUUAGCCAAUACUGUUAGCUUGUUUAUUAUUUGCCCCUGAAACAUAGCUUGGUUAAUUAUUUGGGUGACAAUAUGGCUCCUGGUUUACCGGGACAGUUUGUCAAAUCUUUUUUGUUUGUUGUUGUUUUGUUUUUAACUCACAUCCCAAUGCAUUCAGGUAUAUGUGGCUCACUCCCCAGGUGAACACUACUGUUCAUUACAUUGGAUGUUCUAAAAUUUCACUCUUAUCUGCAUUUUAUGUUGUACAACAUUUCUUUUUUCACAUGAUAGCAGUUAUCUAGAAGAUUAUUUCUGCAUACUUUCUGCUUUCCCCCUUGUAAUAGUGUAUGUUACCUUUAAUAAAACAAUGCAAAUUGUAU